AUUCUCUGCAAAUGGAAACGAUGCAGUUUUUUAUUUCUUCACUCCACAUUUCAAUUAUUCCCUUGCCGGAAAAGGCACGCCAUAAUUAAUUCGAUCCUAAACUUCGCCAAACUUCCAUCUCCAAGAUGACACCUCAAUCUUGUCUCUUUGCCAAACCCAGACCCCAUAAUUCCCAAACCCAUUGACAUAAAAAAGGAAAAAAAAAAAAUGCUUACUCUGUUUUUCUGUUUCCCUCGUUUCCUGUGUCUUCUCUGUUUCCUCCGCCACCUUCGCCGCCUCCACCAUGCGUCCACAGAAUUCUCGGACCAAAUCAAUUCUCGCCACCAAAAUUCACAUUAUGGCCUUGGAUGGCAUUGUCAAUGUGAACUCUUUAUUCACUUUAGCUCUCUUUCUUGGUCUUGCUUGGUACCCUGUUCCUGACCCCACCAUUACUCUUGUCACCGAUCCUUCCUGCACCGCCAGCUCCGCCAUCGUCGAGAACUUAGUCACCUUCCAUGUUUAUUCCUUCAGUUCCUUCCUUUUCUCCAGCCUUGUUGCUUUGGCUCUCAAGCAGGCCAUAAAGAUUGCAGAUAAAGAUGAUGAUAAUAUUAUUAGUGUUGAAGAGUUAGGGAGUGCUUCUCUAGUGCAUGUUGACAUGGUGGCUUUACGGGUUGGGACUUUGGUUUCUGGGUUUGGCUCAGUUUUCGGAUGUGGGUUCUUGAUGAUGGCUUUGGUGAAUUUAGUGCAGAUAAAGUUAGGGAUUUUGGCUUGUGGGAGUUUGUAUACUGUUGCUGCAAUUGGUCCUUUGGUGAUAUUGGUUCCCUUGGCUUUAGUAAUCUAUGUUUUCCUCAUGCUUUAUUCCUUUACUCGCUAGAGUUUUCUGAAUUUAUGUUCAUAGAAUUCAUGAAAAGAUUACACCUUUAUGUUUAUUUAUAUGUUGAAAUUGUUAAAUGGCAACUGUAUUGAGCAUUUGAAAAUAGAAGUGUGUAAAAAUUGAGCAAAUGCUCAAUUUAUGAUUA